AUGUCCGGAUUUGAAAUUGAAAUAGAAGCACCAGGUUUACUCAUCAUUGAAGGAGAAUGCCAGGUGGACCAAGUCACUCAAAAGGGUGGAACGAUCAUAUUCGAGAACCAGACGAGCAUUUUGAUUAUCAAUGGCCAGUACAUAUCAAACCUUGGAGCCAUUAUCGUCUACAACGAUCCAUUGCCUGGUACCACUGCCUUGAUGAAUGUUUCUGGUGACAUCUCACUCACCAACUCAGAAAUCAAUAUCAACUUUGUCAAGACAUUGCCUGUCGCCAACCAACAAUUCAAUCUGAUCAAAGGAUUUGGCAACUUUGAUUACGAGAAUGUGGCGACCAAUGGAUCUUGGAGCAUGGACAACACAAACGUUGACACGUACAAAGUUGUUCGCAUGGCCGACAACAUUGUUCUUACAUUCUAUCAGACAUGCACCAAGUAUCAAAACUGCUACGGACAUGGCAUGCAAUACUAA